AGACAUCAGUGGAUUUCGGUUAUUUACGCGAUGAUCAACACAUUAACUGGAAAACACAUACUAGCUAUUAAAUAUAAGUGUUUAGAGUGUUUAUUAUUAGUUUAUCAGAGGCAAAAUGUUUCGGACCUGUCGCCAGCAUCGCGACCGACAUCGCGCAUCAGUCGUCCCGAAAAACGAAAAUGGCCACCUUCUUCGGCGAAGUCUUGCCGAUUCAUUCCCGCGCCGUCGACGACAACGAAGACGAGAACGUCGAAACGCCUAGCGUCUUCUUCGACUUGGACUCUAAGUACGACGACGUCUCGUCCCUACCGGCCUACGACCUCGUCUGCGUCGCGACGGGCGCGGCGCCCAACAUCUUCGCGCAAUGCUACCUCCUCCCGGACUCGUACCAAGUCCUCGGCAGCAUCCGACUCAACGCGUCCCGUCACGACGCAUCGGACCCUUCUUCCUCAGCGGUUUGGGGCCUGGAUUACAUGCGACGGCCCGAUACGCUGGGCAAGUUGCUCCACUACGCGGGCCACGGGAACGGCGUCCUCUACUGCGUGUGCGAGAAAGAGGUGCCACCGGAGAACUGCGCCGCAAUCGCUCGUCACUUCGUUCAACUCUCCAAAUCGACUAACGUCACGUCGGUGUCGUUCACGGCACUGCCGGCGAGCGAGUACAAGUCAAAAGGACGGCCGGAGUUCCCGCUGCUGCGCCAGCUGCGGACGUGCUCGUUCAAGAGCGGCCCCGAAGAGACGGUCCCCGAUCUCGAGACCCCGAACACGGUGUCUGGGCUGUCGGCGGCGAUGUUGACGGAGUGCGAGGUCGGCGGCAUGUCGGGCGUGCUGUACGUGCUCUACUGCGACACGGCUGAGGUGGACUCGUCGGUGGUGAGGGCCCUCGAACCCGCGCUGAAGCUGCCCUGCCUCCAGGCCUUGAGCCAGCCCGUCGAGUCGUGCAGGAUCGAGCUGCUGCGGAGGGUUCGAGACUCCAGAAUUGAUCGGGGGAACUUGUACUUUUAAAAACGCGGGACACGUUUGUUUUUUUCCCUUUCUUUUGAGAGACGGAGAGAGAGGACUCUGUGGGAUGGAAUGUGUUCCUGCAUGAUCUAUAUUCUUUAGUCUUUGUUGUGUAGUUUGUUCCCAUAGUUUUGUUUUUCUUUUUCGAAAAUAAAUGGCCAUGCCUACAAGGAA